AUGUCGACCAUUCCCCAAGGCCGUCGGUCGCAUCGCAAGUCACGAGCUGGAUGCAUGCAAUGUAAAAGGCGGAAAGUCAAGUGUGAUGAGACCCAGCCACAUUGUCGCAACUGUCACAGACAUGGAGUGGUCUGCUCCUUUGCCGGUCCCAUGACGGCGCUGUCUACGUCUCCAGCGGACCUGGCAGAAUCGCCCAGAUCAAUCAUAUCUGGCCCAGAGAGUGCAGGCUCAGGAGCAGCUUCCAGUACAGCUCAAAUCCCUUCAACUGAACCAAGUCGACCAAUGAUCAAUACAUUCCCUUCGGCCUUGGCUGUCUUCGACUUGGAGCUUCUACACCACUACACGACAUCAACCUGCUACACACUCUCUCGAAGCCCAGUACUGCAAACAAUCUGGCGAGACCAGGCACCACAAAUUGGAUUUGAAGUGCCACCAGUACUAAAUGCAAUUCUCGCCCUCUCCGCCCUCCAUCUAAGCCAUGUAGACGAAUCCAGACGCGAUAGCUGCAUAGCACUCGCACAGAUGCACCACAACAACGCCGUGAAAGAGAUGGUUCCACAAGUAUCAGCUAUGGCCCAGGAGAACGGCGAGGCUCUCUUCAUGUUCACAUCCCUGACCUGCAUGUUCUCUUGCGCAAAACCAUCCCAAGCAGGCGAUUUCCUAGUUCUCUUCGAAAGAGGCACGCUAUCUGAAUGGGCUCGUCUCUUCCGAGGCACAACGGCGGUCAUAGAUAGCGGUGGUGAAAGUCUUCGUAAUGGAAGACUGGCACCUAUCUUCCUAAACGGCUCGUAUCUGGCAAAUGCUCAUCGUGCACCGGAGGCGCUUGAGCUGGGCAGACCUCACAUCUGGGAACUGCAAGAAAUGAUGCGAAAGGAUUGCUCUUUAAAUCCACCCGUUCGGGACAUCUAUCAGGGGGCAUUAGAUGAGUUAGCGCGGACCUUGGGCAUUGCCUUGAAGCCUGGUGUUGCCCGGAGGCUUGAAACCGCCGAUGUUUUCCGGUGGCUUCUAGCUGUUUCGGAUGAUUAUCUGGAUCUACUACGACAGGAGAAACCGAUUGCUCUCAUUAUAUUUGCAUACUGGUGCACCUGCAUUCGUCAGAUUGAGUGGAUGUGGUGGAUGGAGGGUCUCAGCCAGCGCUUAAUGUCGCAGCUGUUGAAUGUGAUGGACCCCAAAUAUCGAGAGUGGCUUUGGUGGCCUCAGGAUACUAUUGAUGGCAGCCUUACUGCUACGCCUUCAUAG